AUGGAAGCCCUUAUCGAACAAUUACAGUCAACUACGAGGAAGCCUCCCCAAGCAGUUCCUGUUACUACUGAGUAUCCAUCUAGGAGUGAUAAACACGAUUCAAAUGCCUCUCUGAUGCCAAGAAAACGAAGACGUAGAGAUCAAAGGUCGGGAGUGCUUAUUACUGAACCAGUACAACAGCCAACUUCAAUUGUUGAACUAGCCCAGGUUGAUCAGGAUGAUCAAAGCCCAAUUUUUUAUGAAGACUUCUUACCUAAUAAGGAAGCUUUUGCCUCAGGAAGCUCUUCUGCCCCACCACCUCCAGAGCACAAUUAUGCAUCUGUCAAGUUAGCCAAGCUACUUGCUUUUCAAGACUCUAUUCCUCAGUCAAGAGGAAAGGGAAUAUCUAUUGGCUCAGCCGCACGGAGGUGA